AUGAACAUCCUGUAUGUGAUCCACCGCUAUCAGGACCUGAAGUCGAAAUCACCCGGGGAACGAGCGAAGGCCCAGAAGAGGGUGGUCCUCAUUGGUGGCAAGGCAGCCUCUGCCUACGUGAAUGCGAAGAUCAUCAUCAAACUCAUCAACAACGUUGGCAAGGUCAUCAACAACGACCCCGACACCGGGAAACUGUUGAAGGUGGCCUUCGUGCCCAACUACUGCGUCUCGGCGGCGCAAGUCAUGAUCCCGGCCUCGGACAUCUCGGAGCACAUCUCCACGGCAGGCGCGGGAGGAGAAGAUGGGGGGAUUUUUUUGGGAGGAAAUCCUAGGAACAUGGGGGGAAAUUCUUGGGAACAUGGGGGGAAAACUGGAAAACAUAGGGAAGAAAAGGGCUUAACUAUGCCUAGUUAUGCUUCAUGA